AGUGGGGUUCAAAGUCUAACUCUCAAGAAACUUGGGGUUUGUACCUAACCAACUACCUGACACCGAAAAGAACAUACAAACACGUAAAACAAAGUAAAGAUUAAAAAUGGUUCCUUUUCCUCGGUUCCUUCAUCAUCUUUCAUUUCAUUCGCUCUAUUAUUAGCAACAUUUCCUUUUUCUUAGGCUAAGUCCUGGAGCUUUGGAAGACCAUAAACCUAAUUCCAAUUCAAAAGGUGCUUUGGCUAGAUGUGGAUGUGGAUGUGGAUGUGGUAAACAAUCACUCAGCUCUCAGUUUCAAACUCAAAGCAAUAAUGUUACGUAAGAUUGAAACUGAAAUGGAGGUGCUUGCUCCUCGGCCGAGCAUCCGUUGUGUCUUCUCCGCCGACAAACCAACCCAAUACAAGCCAUCCCGUCAUCUCCCCUCGGCUAUUAAAAUUGCCCACCAUGCGCUCGACGAAAUUCCUCUCUCAGAUACAUUUGCUUGGAAUAAACUCAUCCAAACCCAUUUAACCACUGGGGAUUCGCACCAUGCACUCUCCAUUUAUCACCAUAUGCUGCUCCGUGGUGUUCGCCCCGACAGGCAUACUCUCACUCGGGUCUUAGCUGCUUCUCGCCUCUCUGGUCAUUUAUCCCUUGCUGAACAACUCCAUUCCCAGGCUCUCAAACUUGGCUGCUCCCAGGACCAAUAUGUCUUCACCGCUCUCCUCCAAGCCUAUGCCCAUCUCGAUCACAUCAAUACCGCAAUAUGCCUCCUUUACAAACCCCCUCGUAUGGACUCGGUUCCUUGGACUCUGCUUGGCAGCUUCUGCCUCAGUAGAAACAAGCCCAGUUUGGCUAUAGACUUAUUUCAUCAAAUGUUGGACUUGGGAGCUCAUAUAGACUCUGUGGCGCUGGCAACAGCAAUUGAAGCUAGUGCCAUGUUGAAGUCGCUGAAACAAGGUAAGAUUCUUCACCAGGUUGCUAGAAAAUGCGAGUUGGAGUUUGAUGUCUUGGUCAGUAACUCGCUCUUGAAAAUGUACGUCGAGUGCGGCAGCCUCCAAGAUGCUCGUGCUACUUUUGAUCAAAUGCCCGUAAAAGAUAUCAUUUCCUGGACUGUAAUCAUCCGUGCAUAUGUGAAGACGGGAGGAUACAACGAGGGACUUAAACUAUUUCGUUUAAUGGUUAUGAAUGGACUGAAGCCGGAUCCUCUCUCAAUCUCUAGCCUUCUCCCAGCUUGUGCGAGGAUGACCGCUAGCAAGCAAGGCAAAGAGAUUCAUGGUUACUUGCUAAGAAAUGGGAUAGAGUUGAAUGUCACCGUUCUUAAUGCUGCUAUGGAUAUGUACGUGAAGUCAGGCUCAAUUGAGUCUGCUUCAAGAAUUUUUCAACGGUUGAAGCACAAAGACAUGGUUUCAUGGACCGUGCUGAUAAUGGGGUAUAGCUCACAUGGACAAGGGGAGUUUGGUGUAGAUUUGUUUCGGGAAAUGGAGAAGGAAUCGAGCUUACAAAUAGACCAAAUCACGUACGGGGCUGUCCUUCAUGCUUGUACUACUGCACGCAGGGUUGAGGACGGCAAACUCUACUUCAACUGUAUUAAGUCGCCGAAAGUUGAACACUACGCUUUGAUGGUAGCUCUUCUAGCAAACUCCCGGAUGUUUAAUGAGGCAAUGGUUUUUAUUGAAGAACGAAAGAUAGGAAGGCAUGCUGAGGUACAUCGAGCACUGCUGGAUGGCUGCAGGGUUCACCAGAACAAAAAAUUAGGCAAGCAGGUGAUGGAGAAACUUUGUGAAUUGGAAUCUCUUAAUGCUGAGAACUAUGUGAUGUUGUCGAACUGGUAUGCAGAAAACUCCAAAUGGGACAUGGUGGAUGAGGUCCAAGGAAUGGUUAGAGACAUGGGUUUGAAACCUAAGAAAGCUUAUAGUUGGAUAGAGCUGAGAAAUAAAGUUCAUGUCUUUGGGACUGGGGAUGUGUCCCAUCCAAGAUCAGAAGGAAUAUACUGGGAGUUGCAGUGUUUAAUGAAGAAAAUGGAGGACGAAGGACACAAGCCUAAAGCAGAUUAUAGUUUUCACGAUGUUGAUGAAGAGCGAGAAUGCAUCGAGGCUGGACACAGUGAAAUGUUGGCACUUUCUUUUGGACUCAUGAGUACACAAGCCGGUGCAACUAUUCGGUUGACCAAGAACCUUCGUGUAUGCCACUUUUGCCAUGAGUCUGCCAAGGCAAUAUCUAGGAUCAUAGGAAGAGAAAUCAUACUCAAGGAUCCGAACUGUUUCCACCAUUUUCGUGAUGGGCUUUGUUCAUGCAGUGAUUUCUGGUGAUUGAGAGAGGAACAAUCAAUUUAGUUCUUUUAGCACUAGACUUGAACAAACUCCAUCUAAAAACACUCUUUUUAAUUGUAGUCAGCUGUGACAGCCUUAUGUAAUUUCUCAAUAUUUUACUUGUAUUAGUGAUAAGCUCAGCACUGAAGAUCAUUCUCAGCAAGCUGGAAAGAGGCUAGUAAAGUUAGUUAAUUAGCUACGGGUUGUAUUAGAGUUUUAGUUUAGAGUUGUUACUUUCUAAGUUUUAAAGCUAUAUUUGAUUUCAAUAUAAAUAAAGCUCAAUCCUGAUUCAGUGA